AUGUCUUCGUUCAAUCAAGAGACGGAUCAUUUCAAGGUUCUCAUAGCUGGUGGCAGUCUUGUGGGUCUCGGCUUGGCCCUAGCUUUCGAGCGCGCCGGGAUUGAUUACGAGCUGUUUGAGAAGGGAGAUUUCGCACCGCAGCUGGGGGGCCUCUAUUGGACUCCACCCGCAUACUAUAAGAAUUCUAGAGCAAUUGGGCGUGUGGCCGGACAUCGAGAAGCAGGCAAUAUCGAGGAAAUUCUUCAACGUCCUAUCGUUUUCUUGGAACGAUGCAAGGCUCUAGAAGUCCUGCAUAGUCAUGUGAAAGACAAGUCAAAGCUGCAUUCUCAAACAGCAGUCGCUGAAUAUGAAGAAACUGCGGAGGGAAUUGUUUUGACCACGGAAACUGGCGCCCAACACCAUGGUCACAUUCUCAUUGGGGCCGAUGGAAUUCACAGCAAAGUCCGAAAGCUGAUGGCUGACAAGAUUGGCGUGACAAAUCAAUCCCUCGCUCAAGAUAUCAAUGAAGCUUUCACUAGCGAGUACAACUGCAUUUUUGCGAUUUCCCCGAACAAGCAGUAUCUACCUGAUGGCAUGGUUCACAAUGUAUACUACAAUGACUACUCUGCAGUUGCGGCCGCCGGUGUGCCUGGACUUGUGUUUUGGUUCCUUUUUGUCAAAGACUCAAAAGUCAAGAGAACACCCCACUGUCCACGGAUUACCGAUGCGGACGCAAAUGCAUAUAUCCAGAAGUAUGGAAGCUCUCUGGUAGGCCCUGGGUAUACCGUGGAGGAUCUCUGGGAAUCUCGAGUCAAGGCCUCAAUGGUACCUCUGGAGGAAGGUGUCAUUCCACAAUGGUGUCACAACAGGGUGGUUUUGGUGGGCGAUUCCGUUCAUAAGGCAACUAUCAAUCCUGGAUUAGGUGGAAAUACAGCCUACGAAGGUAUUGCUCGUUUGACCAAUGGUCUCAUACCUUUGUUGAAGAAAAACCCAAAACCUUCUCUUGAGCAAUUGACCGAGGUUUUCAACCAGUAUUUUAUUGAGCAUUCUCCUCGCGCCAAAACAGUUGUUGAUCUUUCCGGUUCGAUCACGCGUUAUGAAGCCCAAGACACAUGGGUUCUCAAAUUUGCAGCUCGUCACAUCGUUCCCUGGAUUAGUGACAGAAUCAAGGCAAACUUGUACGCCAUUUUCUCGAAAGCUGGACCUUGGUUGGAAUAUCUUCCAUUACCCGCUCGAGAUAUUGAUCUUAAAGCAGUUGCCGAGAAGCCUGCACAGAGCAUUGCUCCAGUGUUGAUCGCGGGUACGGUCAUGGUGGGGGCUGCUGCCAUCAUCUGGCAGACGUGUAGGGGACCCUUAGCCUCUCUUGUGAUAAGGUGA